AUGCGCAGCGAUGGUGAUCUGGAUAUUGAUGAUCCAAGACGUGAUUACGAGGGAGUCGUGAAUUCAAACCAGAGCAGUGAUGAUGAACCAAGUGAUUCAAACGAACCUAGAUCUGGAACGUCUUUUAAUUCACAACUUCCAGCAACUGGUAUUCCAGUAGCAAAUAAUAUACGAGUAAAUUCAAACACGAGACUAUACCACAUCUUGAAUGAUGAUUCUGAUGGUCGGGUGAUUCUAAGUAUUUAUGAAAAGAAAAGGAAAUUGAUACCCAAAGCUAGAAAUAGACUGACAAGAUUCGUAAUUAAGUUUGAACGUGACAAAGCAGUUGAAAACUUGGAGCCAAGGGGACAGUUACUUAAUUUCAUGAUAUCAUCUACAAAAUUUAUUUUUUGGUCAAAUGAAAUUGCAAAAACGUUUCCUGGUGAACGUGCGGCGACGUACUAUACUCCAUAUGAGUCAGUGGAUGAUUACGAGAUAAAUGCCAGUGGUAAACUUUGGCAUCACUACAAUUAUAUUAAAAGCAAACUUAAAGAAAGCGGUCUUUUGGUAAAUCUCCGAGCUCCAGUUGAUCCCCUUCCAUUAGAUGUGAACAUUGUUGAGCAGCUAAAUACUUUACGCACUAAAGUCGAACCAUGGUGUACGGUGUUAGAAUUGUGGCAAAGAACAUUUGAAGCCCGAAAAAACUUUUUGAUUAAAGAAAGACCAACGGUGGUAGAAUAUUUAAAUGCAUAUGAAUGUUUGCGUAUACAGAAAGCUAUUGAUUUAUUUGAAGCAGAUUUUGUGCAAUUGUUCCCAGAAAAAUCGGCUUCUUUCAGAGACAAUUGGAAAAAAGUCGAGAUUUUCUCAUAACUAAACUGCGGAACAUAAAAAUCUCGAACGUAAACGAUAACGGAUUGCUUCACAUUGUCACAACAUUAAAUUCAGAUGUUCAGGAUACAGUAAUUUUCUAUUUAUUGCCUUAUCUGAUUGCUGGUGGGUUAACAAGUCGAAAAAGAAAGCGAAAAUCGACAACAAAUGAAAACAGUGAUGCCACAGUUAAUUCUAAUAAUGUUGUUAACCCUACUGUUGAAGUGGAAGCUCAGCAAGCAUCUGGUAAGAAACGAAAACCUCGGGUAGCUUUUCAAGAGCGUCGUGAUACUUUUAUAUUGCAACUUGAGAAUGUUCUUGACCUUGAAGAGAUCGUGAAUGCAACAAAUUAACGUCGCGGCUCAUCAUCACUUCAACAGCCGAUUCCAGUCAUUGUAGGAGAGUUAUUAAAACCUACAGCCAUUUAUGUUGUCGUUGGAAACCGAGCGUAUCGAACUGACUCAUCUUUAUCCGCUGUAGAUGUUGCUUUCAAAAUUUGCUGGGCGUUGGACUGCACGACAAGUAAUUUAUCAGACCACAAUUUAAAAAUAACUGAUUACAUUGGUGAGGUUGAUAAUGUUUCAACAAGCAUAAUUUCCGAUAAAGUACUAUCAUUUGAUCGUCAAUAUCUCACUUUUAUAUCAAAAUUAUAUAGUUAUUCGGAUGUAUCACGAACAAAAAUUAACGAAAUUAUUGUUUUAUUUUCUGGUUUAAUGAAGUCUACUUUACAUAAUUUAGAAAAUAAUAUCGCAGGGUAUUUACUAUCACAAUAUAAUUUUAAUAAUCUCAAUAAUAUUCACGACUUAUUUGAUAAUUUGCUUUCUCCAUUAGCUAAAUAUGAAACGGAAUUUCGAAGAUUUAAAGAGUUUGAAAACUUAAAAACUUAUAUACAACCGGAAGAAAUAAUUAUUGGUGAAAGACAAGAAUUCCAGCAUGUUGAUGGACGUAUCGUUUAUAAGCACAUUCCGGUAUCUGUUCAGUUCGUAUCAAUGCGGAAUGUUCUCAAAUCAUUUUUUGAAUUACCAUUUAUUUUGCAAGAAACAAUUUCUUAUGUACAAAAGUUAGAAGCAUCUACUGAAAAAAUUAUUUCUAAUUUUAUACAAGGUAAUCUGUGGAAAAAAGUGAAAUCUGAGUUCCGUGGGAAGUUAGUUUUCCCUUUAUUUUUAUAUUUCGAUGACUUUGAGCCCAAUAAUCCUCUUGGAAGCCACAAAGGUAUUGCCAAAUGUGGAGGAGCCGUUUAUCUAAAUAUUCCUUGUUUGCCCCCAGAAUUCCAGUCAAAAUUAUGUAAUAUAUUUUUAUUUUGUAUAUUUAAUAGUUUAGAUAGAGAAAUGUUUAAAAAUGAUUCUAUUUUUUCAAAAAUUAUUGAAGAGUUGAAAUUUUUGGAAAAUACAGGUAUUACCAUAAAUAAUGGCAAUAAUAAAACUCAGUUACACUUUUCGUUGCAAUUAAUUCUUGGUGACAACUUAGGAUUACACGCAUUGUUUGGCUUAAAUGAAAUUUUUCGUUCAAACUACUUUUGCCGAUUUUGCAUGAUACAUAGAGAUAAUAUUAAUGAUGUUACCAGUGAACUCGAUUGUAAAAUGCGGAAUAAAGCUGAUUAUGAUCUUCAUGUAUCAAAUAUUAAUGCACAAGAAUCAGGGAUUAAAUUACACUGCACAUUUCAUCAAUUACCAAAAUUUCACAUGCUUAAAAACUCGUAUGUAGAUAUGAUGCAUGAUAUAUUAGAGG